ACAUCGUCUUGUGUUCCAUCUCUAGCUGGACCGAUGAUGUGGAUUUAAAAGUUAAAUAGUUUAAACUUAGUGCUAGCAAAUAACAAUGGACAUCACCCAGAGCUUCAAGGCCAGUGUAAUGACAGUGCGCCUCCAGCGGAAGGCCGAGCUGGCCGGCAAAGCGAAAUCCACAGCCGCUGGAGCAGCGUCCACAAAAGCACCAAGUGGUCCGAAGGAUGACUUUGCCAAGCAGGCCAAGGAGGUGUGCAACAAGAUCACCACCCUGCGCAACGUCCUUAUAGAGAACCGGACCGCGUACAUGCGCAUCGGGCAGCACCUGAAGAGCGCCGCCCACAUGACCGACUCCCAGCGAGAUCUGAUCGAUCGCGAGUCGGAGAAGUUCGUCACCUUCUACACACAGCACCUGGCCAAGAUGCGCAGCGACUGGAAGAGCGCCAAGCGGAAGCCACAGGAGCGCCAGCACAUUGAUGCCGUGCUCGACCUGCUGGUCAGCUAUCUGCACAGCGUCGAGCAGAUCUACUUGGACCAAAAGAAGUACCGAGUGCAGCACGAGCUAGAGACAUACAGACUGCUAAAGCUGGCGGCGGACAAGAAAAAGAUUCCAGUGCGUCCGGCGGGCAGCAACAGUGGCAAGCUGGGCAGGCGUCAGGUCAGCACCGACGAUAGCAAAACCACGGAGGCUUCUCCUUCGGUAAAUGGUCUCGCCGAUGAAUCCGCAGACAACGACUGGAACAACGACGGCUGGGGCGAAUGGGAUGAGGAAGAGGAGGAAGGCGAUGUGGACGACCACGAUGGCCAGGAGGAGAAGGACGCCUCCCAAACUAGCCAACACAAACCACGAACGCGCAAGCGAAGCAAACCCAAUAGGGGCGCUCUUAAUGACUCAUCCUCCAAGGUGGCUCUGGACGAGGAGCUCCAGAAGCAGCAGGAGGCCGACGACGAUGACCCACUCAGUGCCGAAGAUGUACAGCUGUUCGAGGCGGAGAACGUGCACAUCUACAACUUCCUGCAGGGCAUCUCUGAGGAGGUGGAACAGAUUGAGAAGAACGUUGUAGACAUUGCCCAGCUGCAAAAUAUUUUCACGGAAAAGGUCGCCAUGCAACAGCAUAAUAUCGAAAGGAUUGUGAGUGCCGUCGUGGGCACCACGGAAAACGUUAAGGAUGCCAACGAGCAAAUCCGCCAGGCCACUCAGCGCAAUGCCGGACUUCGAGUGUGGUCGCUCUUCUUCCUGCUGGUCAUGUCGUUCUCAUUGCUUUUCCUGGACUGGUAUUACGAUUAAGUGUCAACCCCAAAAUUUAUGUACAACACUCGAGAAAUCAAAAGGCAAACAUGUUUGUUAUCGUUGGAUUGCAUGAAGAGCAUAAUUUGUUUAUUACAUAAUUUAUAAAUAAAAGGAAAUAUUUGUAUAGGCUAA